AGCUGUUCAAACCAGGGACCUAUGGUAACAUGUGUCAUCAUAUAAUCAGUGAUAACUAGAACCAUAUAAUUAGCUGAAGAAGACUGAUGUGUGCGUAGCCAGACAGCAAAGCGACUUGCCUCUCUCUUUUUUUUUUCUCGUCAACAAAAAGCAUCUCAGUUGCGGAGUUGACAGUCUCAGAAUCGAAUGCACGUGCAAAGUGCCAAAGUCUUUUCGUAGGAGUAGAAAAAGUCACUCCAAAGGCAGCAACACCAGAGGGGAAAAGCGUGAACGACGCUGCUAUUUUUACGUUUGAAAGGCACGGAAAAUCAUAAAUACUAGUACUUCUAUAUGAUAGUAAUAAAAAAAUUAAUUAAAAUGCUUCAAAAUCAAACAAAAAAAUAGUACAGUACUUAACAUAAAAAACUCUGAAGUUGCGUAAAUAUUACUCGCAUCAAUUCUGUAAUAACUUCAUUCAUAAAUGCAUCACUGAAACGUAGAAACUUAAAUAUUACUCGUACUGUCACUUUUUUUCAUGGCACUCUUAUAUACCCAUCAUUGAACGCAACCUAAUUAUGUGCAUACUUUAAGAUACUUUUGGUCAUCGAUUUAGUAAUGAAAUGUUCAGAUUUCUUUAACAGUCACUCACGGUAAAAAUAAAUAAAUUUUUCUCAAAUGGGUAUUUGUUGUCCUCUUUUGUUAGUGUUAAUUAAAAACUUAAAAUGCAUGGAAAGCAACACAAAUUGGGCCGAGUUCCCAUGAGAUGAUUCUCUCUGUCUUCGGGACUCAUCGAACACGAAGCUCCGAUAUUUCCUAUAAAUUCGUUCAGAAGCUUGUUCUUACACAAUUCAAACCGGCUUAUAAUAUGUGAAAAAUAUCGAUUUGCUUUAAUUAAUUAAAAUAAAAGAAAAAUGUUAGGAGUUGAAACUGAUUUGACAAAUAAUGACCAUAUGUAAAUCGUUAGCGAGCAAGUCACACAGUGCGAUUUAUCAGCUCUUUUAUUUUCCUCGUGGUUACUCAAUCCUCAAGGAAUCUCAAUCUCUACGUUAUCAUCAAUCAGAAGGUUCAGCCGUUCUGACCAAUAAAAACUUCAAACUAUGCGCAAAAUUAUUGGAUUAUACGUACUAACUACUACGUAUUAACUAUUAUUCAUAUAUUAUAUACAUUGUACACGUAUAGUCGAAUUAUUUACAAUAAUAUAUAUGUAAGUAUAUUGAUAUCUUAAUGCGCAAACACAAAUAUUCUUAUCAGUGUGAUAUAUAUAUAUAUAUAUAUAUAUAUAUAUAUAUAUCGAUUUAAAAUUAUAAUUAGACACGAUCACGUCACCGUAUCAUUGAAAAAAGCUCUUCAUUAGUCACGGUCAGACAUUAUCAUAUGACAUGAUCACUGAAAAAUGAGAACAUUAUUUUAGUAUUUCAGGAUAAACAUUCAUUAGUAGUAAAUGAGAUACAAGAGGAGAUUAUAUACAAAACAAGUGAAGUAAACACAUAGUAUAUGCGAAAAAGAUCAAUCAAUAAUUAAUACCUUUUCUAAUGGAAUUAUAUACUACUGUUUUUUUUGUAAAUUAAUUAUAUACUGUUUUGUUUCAAAAAUGUAACUAUUUAAGUAUGUAUGUAACCUGUUGUCGUUGACUCGUUGGAAUUUACUUACUAACUUGCACUUAUAUUUAUACGGGCUUUACAUCUAUUUGAUUAUCAAUAUUGAGAAUCACUAAAUCUUUGAACAUAUCGCACAUUUCUCGGCUUCGAAUUGAUCUAUUUCUCGUCUAUAAAUAAUCAAAGCUAAUAAAGAAUAAUUUUUUUUUUUGAUGAAAUGUUAAAUUUAUUGAUCAACUUUUAAAAAGAUAUUAUGUACAUCUAUAAGUCUUUUACUAACCGAAACCUUAUUAAAGAAUCAACAAAAUUGAAAAACGUAUGAAAAAAGUAUAGAGCACUCCUUUGCAAGAGCUCCAAGUCCGUAAUAAAGAAUAAUUUGCUAGUUAAGUUUUGGUUAGCUUAAGCCCAAAGAUCUAAACAGUCAUAUUACUUAUAGGUUGAUGCAACCUAAUUAUCUAAUCUAUAUUUUUUGAUACGGAUUAAAAACAUGGAUAAUAGUAUAAAUGAAAAUUGUUUGUAAACAUAGAUAGCACUAUAAAAAAAAAAAGUAUAAUGUCAUUUUAAUAAUUUCAUUAAUAUAAUUACUCAACUUAACAAUUUUAUUAAUUAUAUUAUCUUAAUAAUACAUCACAUCAUUAAUCAUAUUACCACAAUAGUAAUAGUACAAAUGUUUAUUUAUUUGUUCAUCAACAUUAACUUUGUGCCAAUUAUAAAAUCAAAAAUGUAAAAUACUAGGUUUUGCAUAUGGUUAAACAUUCGUUUUAGUUUGUUUUAUUAAAACUUUUUUUUUAUUUUAGUUUCACUCGGUGGGAAAUUACGUAGCCAAAAACAUAAUUUAAAGAUAUGUUUUUGUGAAUAAAAUAAUAACUUAAAUCAAAAUAAUAAAAAUGCAUUACAUUUAUUAUCAUUUAAUUUUCACUCCAUAUAAUUAUUUUACUAAAUAAAAAAAAUAUUUCUAUUUCACUUAAUUUAGCCAAACCAUAGAAAAAAUCUUUUUAUUAGUUUAUAAAAUCAGUUAAGUAUGAACAUUGGCUAUUCAUUUAAGUACGAGUUGUUUUUUUCAGGUAUCAUUUUUUUUGUUUUGAAAUUAGGCUCAAAUUGAAUUAUGUGUGGGUUUUGAAUUGUGUCAUUAUAGGUAUGAAUGAGUUUAAAAACCUAAAAAUAUAUAAAUAAUAAAUGUAUCUGAAACGGGUUCGAAUAUUUGUACAAAAAAUAAUCAUAUUAUCCGAAGAAAGAUUAGUGAAAGAGUCGGGGUACAACCUUUCUUCUUUACUCUGGCAUGCUUGCUUUCUUUACCCCGGGCCGUUUGUCUUCUAUUCUAUGGAACACAUUUUAAUCCAAGUAUUUUGAAUACAAUUAUUUAUAUUACUACUCAUCUGAAAUAUAUAACACUAAUUAUGAAAAACAAAUAUUAAUGUAUAAAAAUCAAUAUCUAUACAGAUUCGCGGAUCAAUCUCUAAAUCGGUUUAACUUAACAACCCGUAUCAUACGUAUCCUACAAAAAAAAAGAACUAAUCGUAAAUAUACGAAAAUCUUUUACUCCGCUAUAUAUAUAUGAACUUAUACUAAAAUAAAAUACAUUUUGCAUAUGUAUCUACUAGCUUAUUUGUGUACAUAUAUAGCUUGAUAUUUAGCAUGUGGUCGUAUAUCGUGAAGAAAAAUCGUGUUUAACUCUUUCUGUACACGUGGAUAUAGUAUAAAAAGAGAUUACAUGUAGAAAUAGAGAGACUGUGUAUAACUAAAAAACAUUCAUAUAUAAAUAGAGCUUUGCUAGAUCAAGGAUCUUUAUUCAUCCUCUCCGUAUUAUUCUUCUCCUUCUCCUUGUUCUGUUUUUUUAUUGAGGGUUUUAGUCUCAUUCACUUUCCUCUACUAUUUCUUCCAUCAUACAAAACCACAGUUUCUAUCUUAAGAUUAGUACAAUAUACAAACACACAUCAACUGAAACUAUAUUUCUUUUGAUCCUUUAUGUAUAUGUGUACAUAAUUAUAUUUACUAUACCCCGAAAGAAAGCAAGCUAAGGAAUCCUCAAAGGACUUUGUUUUGAUGGAGGAAAACCCGCAUCGAGUUUCACGUAAACACAAUGGCGGGACCCACUGUCAAAACGACGCCGUCUACGAAGAGAGCCGUCGACACCGUCAUCACAUUCACGGCGAUAAAGUCAAAUGCUCUGGCAAGAGAUGCCGGUCGUGGGCGGCGGCUGCUAUUGCUGAUUGUGUAGCGCUUUGUUGCUGUCCAUGUGCGAUCAUAAACUUUCUCACUCUCACUUUCGUUAAAGUCCCGUGGAUGAUCGGACGGCGAUGUCUCGGUCGGAGCCGGAAUAAGAAGAAGAAGAGGAAGCUACACAUGAGACAAGACCGCGGGAAAUUCAUCUGUGAAGAUGUGUUUGAGAUGGCCGGAGGAGAUGAGAAAUGCGGUGGUGGCGUAGGAUGUUGUGGCGGCGGAGAUUAUGAUGAUCACCGGUUUGUAGUGGAGAGAGAUGGGAGUUUAACGAAGGAGGAGGACAAAACGACGACGUCGAGUAGAGGAGAUGAUGAGUCGAGAAUAAGUGCAAGAGUUGAAGCCGAGAGAGUGUGGUUAGAGUUGUAUCAGAUUGGUCAUCUUGGAUUUGGUCGAGUCUCCUUCACUGGGAUCCAAUGAUUUUAAUCAAAAAGUCAAAACGUUCUAGGAAUCUUUUAGUUAGUAUUUAGAAAAUUUCGGAGGAUAUAUAAUGUCAAAUUUUUUCCUAGUCUGUGUGUUCAUAUAGUUAUUAGUAAUUAGCGAGCAAAAUUGUGUCAACUUUGAUAGUGUGCAUUUACAUGUAGUUGACAAUGAAAAGAUUUGCAGAAAUGGUUUAUUCGAUAAAACAUGCUUAAAGCUGGAUCCAUGGUAAAUUUAAGGAUUCAUUUGGUUCAAACUCGAUCCAUUAAAAAUGAUUAAAUUUAUAGGAUCCUAGGAAAGUUUAGUUUAAUAAUACGGAUUUUAAUGGGCCUAUUCCUUAAUAACAUCUAUUGUUGGGCCAAAUAUGAGGCCCAUUAUAAAAGGUCUAACGAUGAUUUAUUUGAGGUGGCAGCUCGUGACCGACCGAGCGUAUUUUAGCAUUCCUCCUUAAUUCUUGUACCAUCCUGAUAUAAAAUGCGCCGUCCGUGCAGAAUAUAUCUUUCUAUUUUCAAAGGACUUUGCGAAUCCACCCUGCUUGAUUGCCUCUAGAGAACGACGACGGAGACGACGAUUUCAGAAAUGGAGAGCGAGCCAACUCGAGUGAUGGUGGCGGUGAACGAGUCGACGAUCAAAGGCUACCCGCACGCGUCGAUAAGCAGCAAAAAGGCGUUCGAGUGGACACUGAAGAAGAUCGUUAGGUCCAACACCUCUGGCUUCAAGCUCCUCUUGCUUCACGCUCAAGUCCAGGACGAAGACGGUUUUGAUGACGUGGACAGCAUAUAUGCUUCCCCUGAUGACUUCCGAAACAUGAGGGAGCGUAACAAGGCUAAUGGACUUCACCUUCUUGAGUUCUUCGUUAAUAAAUGUCAUGAGAUUGGGGUAAAACUCAUUGAUAGAUCUAUACAUCCCUAACUUGUAUUAUGAUCUCAUAUCAGUAGAACUUUUGAUACAUGUACGUUGUUGAACGUGUAGGUUAGGUGUGAGGCCUGGAUCAGGAAAGGUGAUCCCACGGAAGUGAUAUGCCAUGAAGUUAGGCGUGUGAGGCCAGAUUUUCUGGUUGUGGGAAGUCGUGGUCUCGGUCCAUUUCAAAAGGUAUUUGUUGGAACGGUUAGUGAGUUUUGUGUGAAGCAUGCAGAGUGCCCAGUCAUCAUAAUCAAACGCAGUGCUGAAGAGAGUCCACAAGAUCCAGCUGAUGACUAAAUUCCAAAAGCAAGACAAUCCAUGCGGUGUUCUUUUGUCUCUGAGAGACAACAAACUAACCGUAUGUUGCAGUACAUGAGAAGGGAAAAAGGAUAAACAGAACUCUUUUGAAUUAUCUAGUAUGUGGUGCGUCUCUAGUUGUUGUAGAAACUCGAUUCACAUGAUAUAUAUUUGUGUGGUCAAUGCCUUCGUCUUUCAUUCUCUAAAACAUCCAAACAGAAGUUCUAUUAUUCGGUGUGUAAUCUUUCGACUCUUCUGUCUUAAAUAUAUGGUUUAUAUAAAAAACGUAACA